UGUUGAGGAUGAGGACCAGCCUGAACCGGAGUGUUAAAUAUCAAGUUCCCACCUGACCUGCCUUAUUCAUGGACUGUCAAUCACCACUAAAACCACGCCCCUAUCCAAUCUAUAUAACUCCGCCCUUCAGGCCUGUGGCCCUCUUUUCCCUCCAAACAAAACCAGGCAGAACAAAGAAAGGAGUGAUGUGAGUUGAUGGACCUUUUCAUUGUAUAACCCUUACUAUUUGGUCAGUUGAAUGUUAUACCUUGAAGUUGAAUGUAUCUUGUUUGAUUUAUGCUAGAUUUCAGGGUGACAUCCUGCUUAACGUUAAGAGAAAACCGUAGUACAGAUUGUGGAUGCAGUGCAGACUGUGGAUGCAUUACUGAUACAAAAUCAUCCAUUCAUCCAUGCAUCCAUUCAUCCAAUUACCUGCCACCAGUGUAAACCUUUCCCUGCCUUGAUAACAAUAAAACCUUGGAACGGCACUGGAUCCUGUGUUUAAAUGUGCACACCACAUUAGAUGUUCAGUGAACCAACACCAUCAGCGAAUAAGAGUUUUGAACAUGGUCCUUCGAGCCGGAGGAACAUCUAUGUAGGAUGACGGACCCAGAAGCCGUUUCAGCUGGAGAAGAGGGGCAGCAUGGAGGAGGAGGAAGGCCACGCAGGGGGAGUGUGCCUCCGACAUAUCUACAAGACUACCAAACCGAGUUCUAUGGCAGGCCAUCCAGACCCAUAACGGAGUGUGCAGAACAUGUGUCGUCAGCGACUUCAGAGACAGUUCUAUUACGUCAGGAGGUAUCACAAUUAAAGGCUAUGGUUAAAGAACUAGUAGGAAGAGUUCAACAGUAUGAACAACUGAGCUACUCAGAGGAGGACUCGGAGGCGGAGCCACUGAUUGGUACUGAGGACCAGGACAGAGCCCAAUCUGAGCCUAACCUGCAGCUGUCUGAGGCAGUACCUGUAAACCCCGGAAAAGUUUCCCAAUCAGCCCAAACCAUUUAUCCUUACGUCCCUAGGCCCUCUUUCCUUAUGGAAUGUAAGCAUAACAGACUUGCUCCAACCUCCUAUGCAAGACAUGGUCCAGAGCUUCCACUGCAGGAACACUCGGGUCUGUUACCUUUAACCUCAUCAGCUCAUGGGCACAUGCCUGUAAUUCAGCCUCCUUUAUCCCCACAAAUACAUCAGAGUCCCAUACAAGUGCAAACAGACCAUAUGCCACCAACCUCUUCUGUCCGUGACACAUCCCACCAAAUAUACAUCCCAGUACCAUCACAGGGGGUUAGCACAGCCCCAGUAGGCUACGGCCCUCGCGGUCAAUCACUUUAUCCCCAUCCUAGAACUCAGGUGACAUCAACCAGUUUACAGUCAUCUGCUUACCAUUCUAGAUAUGUAGAUCCAUACCAGUUUCAGCAUGUGACUCAGCAACCUGUACAGCAGUCUCAACCCCAAUACCUUCCGUCCCGGCCACUUCCAGUGCCAUAUGCCCCAGGGUUUACUGGAAUUCCCCCUGGCCCAAGCUUUUCAGCACCUGUGGCUCCUGUACAGCAGGCUUCAAGGUAUCCAUCGAGAGUAGAGGGGCCUUCAUUCCCUUAUUUCAUUCAAAAUGACCCUCAUGAGUUUAUCAUGUUGAAAAUGGCCUUUAUAAACCUUCUACAAGAUGAACCAGAAUUGUACAAAUUUCAUAUCCUGUUGGACCAUCUACACCUUCCCUCUGCACGCCAUAUCGCCCUUUCAUAUGCCCAUGAUCCACGACCUUUCUCCAUGGCACUGGCGGCCUUGGAGCGACAAUAUGGCCAACCUCAUCAAUUGGCCCUCAGAGAGAUCCAGACCAUAUUAGAUCUCCCUAAACUGGCUCAUGGGGAUGCAGAAGGGUUCCAAAGUUUUGCAGUUAGAGUGAGGUCAUUAGUGGGCAUGCUACAAUCCCUCAGAUCAGGAGAAAGUGCUGCUGAACUGGCCUGUGCUUCACAUGUUCAGCGGUUGUUGAGUAAACUCCCUGCAGAGCUAGUUUCUAGCUUUGCUAGACAUGCCCGCUUAGCCUCUCCUAAUGCUCAUUACGACUUAGUGGACUUCUCUGCAUGGCUUGAGGGUGAGGCGGAAUGUCAAGCUGUUGUAGCGCAGGCCACUACCCUUUGUAUUGGUGCUCCCCAGGCCCAAAGGAAGGAUACAAACCAAAGAUUCAGGUCUCCUUCAGCUACCAUUCUCCACGGGGCUGAUCGGAAGUCUCCACACGGACACAAUGGAUCCGGACAUCAGCCACAAUCCCAAAUGAGGUACCCAUGUGUAUAUUGUCAGUCAACCUCCCACUACCUGACUCAUUGUGAAAGCUUCAAAGACUUGAGUGCAGAUAAAGUAGUAAAAUGGUUGAGGGAACACAACAGAUGUUGGAAAUGUAGUAGAACUCACAAAGCAGCAGAUUGCACUUUGAGAAAACCGUGCCCCAGAUGUAACGGUCAGCACCUAGGCAUAUUACAUGAUGUCAAUAGAAACAAAAGCGCAUCUAGAGUGUUGUACAUGAACCCACAGAGCAUGUCAUCCAAACCACAUAUCCUGAUCGGAUCAGACAAUCCAUUCCUCAUCACACCUAUCGAGAGAGUCCAAUGUGGUCCAAAGGGAUCACCAGCUGCGGUGAAGACGAGGCUUGGAUGGGCUCUACAAGGACCUACUUCCCUUGGUGAGUUAUCUGACUCUGCUCACUGCCUCUUCACAUCACAAGCCAACUGUUACACCGAGCUGAAACACCAUGUAGAGAAACUGUGGCAAUUUGAUAUCUUCCCCUUUAGAAAUGAGAAAUUGAUCACUAGAUCAAAGCAGGAUAAGGAGGCCAUGGACCUUUUGCAGGCAAAGACCUUACGAGUAAACACAGAUGGAACUGAACGUUAUGCAACCCCUUUGUUGAGAAGGAAAGCUGCACCUGAGCUAAAUGCACCACUCCAAUCUGUAAUGCCCCUUCUUCGUAGAUCUGAGCGUAAACUGGAGAAAAACCCUGGAUUGGCUGACAUCUACACUAAUGAGAUCAAAAAACUAAAGUAUGCCGGUUACAUUGAGGAAGUUGAUGCGGGACGAAUUGCCGACUCCCAAGAAUCCUGGUAUAUCCCCCAUCACCUAGUCGAGCACAAUGACAAACACCGUGUUGUAUUCAACUGCUCCUUCACCUAUCAAGGCCAAUCACUUAAUGACCAGCUCCUUCCCGGCCCCAUGCUAGGCCCAUCACUACUUGGUGUUUUGCUCCGUUUCCGCCAACACAGGGUUGCUAUGAGUGGAGAUAUAAAAGGAAUGUUCCAUCAAGUGAGGCUCCUAUCAGAGGACAAACCGCUUCUCAGGUUCUUAUGGCGUGACAUGAAGCGAUGA